CGCGCAGGGCCCUGUGGCGCAUGCGUGCAGACGCGGAACCCGGAAGUCGGGGCGCUGAGCCACGGAAUGAGGAGUGAUUCUUACGGCGGACCCCACAAUGUCGCUGGAGCAAGGGCCGGGGUCCGCCACGCCUUCCAGUUCUCCGACACUUCUGGACGCUCUGCUCCAGAACCUCUACGACUUUGGAGAGACGGAAGGUGAAACAGAACAGAAGAAGAUCCUGAAGAAAAGGGAAAACAAGAAGAGAGAUGUGGAGGGUGCAACGGCCUUGGCAGCAGAGCCAUCUCCCCUACCUGGUUCUCUCAUAAGAGGCCAGAGGAAGAGCGCUUUAAGCUUCUUCAAGGAAAUCAGAGAAGAGCUGCAUUGUGCUCCUGCUGGCACCCCCACAGGUCCCUCUUCAGGACCAGAGAUCCUCGCUCCUGCAGUUCCUCCCUCUUCCCUAGAGAACCAUAGGGAACAAGUAGAAGUGGUAGAAUUUCACAGCAGAAAUAAAAAAAGAAAACUGAAGCCAGAUCAUAGCAAGAGCACACAGGUUCCAAAUGCUGAAGCUCUGGGAGCUGUUGCAGAAGGGCCGAGAAGUGGAUUCCCUUGGUGUUUGGGGCAACAGAGCCUGCAAGCUGGCCAUCUCCCAGUACCCCAGUGUUCCCUACAAACACUGGUAUUUUCUGUAUGUAUCAUGAUGUGAAAAGGUUGGAAAGCGCUGCAUUGCAAUGUAAUUUGGCAUUUGAAGACUUAAACUAACAUAAAGCGUUUAGGCACCUCUUUUUUGUUUCUUCAAAUGUCUCAGACUUCCGUUUCCUCUUACAUUCCCUCGUAUUCUUCUUUCUGGAAUGGAAAGUUUCUUUUUAAUAGAAAGGACAGAAGAGUUGGCAUUGAAUGAGUCUGCAUUUCUCUGUUGCUUAGUAAUAGAACAUCUGUGGCAGGCUCUCAGAUUGUCCGUUGCUUCCAGUUCCAAGCGACCCCUUAUGCAUUCUAGUUGGGUUUUCUCAGGAC